UAUGGUCAGCGAUCAAUUGUGCUUCAGCAAAAUUUCAUUGACUUGCGUGUAAUCUUACUUACAUUGACUUUGCACGUAAGUCAAUGAAUGGACUCAAUUCAACGAACUAAGAUUUUUCUUCUUCUUGGAUUAUUUGGAUUUACACGCACCGCAGCGAUAUUUUGUCUCAAUUCAGGAAUACUUACGUAGACGAUUGGAUUUAUUCAGAGAAGUUUUACUUUCAGAAUGAGAGAUCGUUUAGGGUCGUUGAAAAGGAAUGAGGAAGAUGAUGUGGGCCCAGAGGUCGCGGUCAAUGUGGAGUCAGAGAAGUUCAUGGAAGAGUUCUUUGAACAGGUGGAAGAGGUGAGAAAUAAUAUUGACAAGAUCUCUAAGAAUGUGGAUGAAGUAAAGAAGAAGCACAGUGAUAUCCUGUCAGCACCACAAGCAGAUGAAAAAGUCAAAGAUGAAUUGGAGGAGUUGAUGAGUGACAUCAAGAAAACAGCAAACAAAGUCAGAGCAAAAUUAAAGAUGAUGGAGCAAAGCAUUGAGCAGGAGGAGAGUUCCAAGAUGAACUCAGCGGAUGUAAGGAUAAGAAAGACACAGCACUCAACAUUAUCACGUAAAUUUGUAGAGGUGAUGACAGAUUACAACAGUACACAAACAGACUACAGAGAGAGGUGCAAGGGGCGUAUCCAGAGACAACUAGAAAUCACUGGUAAAUCCACAACAGAUGCAGAAUUGGAAGACAUGUUGGAGAGUGGGAAUCCUGCUAUCUUUACAUCAGGGAUUAUCAUGGAUACACAACAGGCCAAACAGACUCUAAGAGACAUCGAAGCACGACACAAUGAUAUCAUCAAGUUAGAAACUAGCAUCAGAGAAUUACAUGACAUGUUUAUGGACAUGGCAAUGUUGGUUGAAAGUCAGGGUGAAAUGAUUGAUAGGAUUGAAUAUAAUGUAGAACAGUCUGUGGACUACGUGGAGACCGCCAAAAUGGACACAAAAAAGGCAGUGAAGUACCAAAGUAAAGCAAGACGGAAAAAGAUCAUGAUUUUGAUAUGCUGUGCUGUACUCAUUACCAUAGUAGUCAUAAUCGUUAUCACACAAAUUAAGUAAUAUCUGCACUUCAAAACGCAUUAGAUCACUCGGAAGUUUUAAUACAACAGAAAAGUCCUGUCCAAAGAGGCAAACGCAAAGAGUGUGGAAUUCGCGAUGUUUGAAAAUUGAUGUCAGCCAGUUCGAUUGCAAGGGGAAAGAAGAGAAAAAAAUCUUGAACUGAAAAGUCUAGUAAGAUCUGGUCAAGAGAGAAAUCUUGUUUCAACUGAUACUGUUUCAUCGGACUAUUGCAUAGAGACUGUCACUUUGAAUGAUCCCAUAGCAGAAAAAGGGUGUUAUGUGUGAACGGAUUGUGAGAUUGUAGAGCUAUUGUGAACAGACCUUUGUAAUGUGAUGAAGCACAUGUCUGCUUGAUACAUGAACGAGUUGUGAUAGCUUGAAAAGUUUUGUCUUUAUGUUGUUUGCGUAUCGGUGCAGCAUUAUUUGCUUGGUCUGCGGUGUUAUGACAAUGUGUCAUCAUUUGGCUACAAAUCUUUUGGAAAAAAUUCCAACAUAAUGUCUGUGAAUGAGUUUCAGCGACAUAUUUAGUUCUUUAACUGUACUUGCAUUGUGCUUUCAAGUGAAAGCCAUAGAUGCAGUACAUUCUUGUAGUGAGGCUAGCUUGGAACUGUUUUUAUAUGGAAGUUGUUGCUUGUAUUUCAUUGGGGAAUUCUUUUCAGAGUGUGUUUCACUUCAGAAGGGUUGUCGUAGAGUUUGGAUAUAUUGGUACUGAUUUUGAUGUGAAUGGAAAUUUCCGGAGGAUUGUAUUUAUCGUGGAAUCUAUUUAAUCAUGUAUUUAACAGUAGUAUCGUCCUCUCUGUCACCAGACUUCAAAGUCAACCACAUGAAGGUUAUUCAAGCAACCUGAUAAAUGCUGUCUAAAAAUUUAGGAUGGAUUUGAAUCCAAGAUCAUUUCAUUUUUGUUCCUUGAAGAAACAUUCCUUAUGUACUGUUAGAGAUGUGUACUUUUAAUACUACCCAUAGCUUAGCUUGAUAAUUUGUAAAUAAAACAAUGUGCUUGUAUGAUCAGCUAUAAUUUUGCAGUGAUAUUUGUGUAUCUCAGCUGUAAGUCGUUGUCCUGACUCACACGCAAUAUGCAAAGUAUCUGUUUGACAUAUUCGAGAAAGAAUUGAUUUUAGAGAUUGAAUUUAAAAGUAAAUGUAGGUGACUGGUCAGAACCAAUUUCCUCAUGUUUUUCACAACCAUUUUAGUUUAAAAUUCAACAAGAAGAUGUAUAGUGAUCUCAUAGAUAGUUUUAUAAUAGUAACCUUAUGGUGGUAGGAUGACUGAAAAGGGGUGAAAUUGUAAUAAUUUGUAUAAAGAUCUGCAGAUCUACAAUAGUAUGUGGUGUAUUAAAGUCAAAGGUAAUGUUUGGAGAUCUCCAUGCAAAGAUCUUAAGGUAAACAGAAUACUUGUUUUUGUAUUGAUUUAUAGUGCUAUCCAUGAAAAGUUUGUACACUUUUUCAGAUUAUACUGUACAAUAAUAGUCUUGUCUUUCACUUAUGAUUGUUUAAAGAAAUAUUUCUUUUAAGUACAGAUGAGUACAUAGAUAAUAAAGACUUGAAACACUGAUGAUCCAUAGGACCUCUUCUGUUUUAAUAAAUACAUUACUGCAUGUUUAUCCCUACCUCAAAAUAAUAGAGUUAUGAAGGAACCCAUAAAAUUGAACUUUUUCAUAGAAAAUAGAUUAUUAAUCAAAGUGUACAGAUAAUUUUAAACUUUUAAUUGACAAACAUUGAUUUCCAUUAAGAAUCACAUUUGAUCACCUGAUCAUGCUUGUCACCUGACCAGAGAUCUGAAGAUUGCAAAUUGGAUUGGAGUUUGUUUGAUAUCUAGUGACAGGAAUAGUAUUAUUGAUCCUUUGUUAAAACACAUAUUUUUCUAGAUAAGACCAGUUAGGGGUUUCAUAAAGCUGAAGUUACAAGCGACUUCACAAACGACUGGUGAUCCUUCUGUAGGAAUUACAUCAACACCGAUGAAAAUCUGGUGGGUAUCAUUUACCACAAGAAAGGAUCACCAGUCGUUCGUUACAACCAACGAACAGCUUUUUGAAACACCCACCAUGGGGUUGUUUGGUAAAAGAGCUAAGUGUUUCUUAGAGUCAUGCUUUAACACCAACACGCACAUAUUAUUUAACAAGUUAUCUGAUUGAUGGAGACGCAGUAAUGCACAUCCUGUACGCAUGAUCUGACCAAUUUGGUGAUGCAACUGGAAAUUUAAGUAUGAAUCUAGGUCACACCCUAUUUGUGAAACAUUUCCUUGGAUUAAUUUUUUUUUUUUACAGAAGAAAAAUAUUGCAUUAGUCCGCUCAUUCAUGAGAUAAUACUCUCAGUAAUUCAGCAGUAUGGAUCAAGGAAAGUUUAAUAUAUCUGAGUCAUACCACUACCCUUCCCCCAAAAAAUGCUUGCAAUAUUUAUUAAAGUGAAAGGUUAUUUGAAUCUAAGCAAAAACAUCAGUUUUUUUCUUUUUGUUAAAAAUCAACCAUGAUCUAAUGCGUAGGCAUAGAAUGUAGAUAUUUGUAGGAUACCAUUGGAGGUAUAUAUAGCUCAGUUGAUUGAUAUUUUAUACAUGUGAAAAGAAUAGAAAAAAAUUAUUCCUUGUAAAUAUGGCUCUUAUAUGACAAACUAUCAUACAUACCUGUAGCUAUUAUACAGAAUAUUUGUACAUGUAGUAUAGAUGGCAAAGAAGAGAAUAGAAUAUAAAUCAUGUUGAUCGCAACGAAGGAGAAAAUAAUGAAGAUAUUUGAGUUAUUGCUUUGAUGUAAAGAUGUACAGAGUACAAUUAAUGUAAUGAAUGAGUAAUGACAUGUUUAUAACUACAUCGAUACUACCUAUAUUCUACUGAUAAAAAGAAUGUACAUUGUUAUUCAUUGUUUAGUAAUAAUUGAUUGAGAAAAAAUUGACACAAAAUACUAUUUAUUCUGUAUUUAUGUAAACUAUAAACAUGUAUUUGUAAAAGGUGAUGGUGUGAUUUUAUCUACUAACUUCAUUUCAGUCUAGACAAAAAAAAUGUUAAAUUUGAUUUUAUUUGACUUAAAGGUUUUUAACGGUAGAAUCAGAUAGCUUCUGUAUCAGAAUGCAAAAAAAGUUAAGAGUAAAUAUUAUUAUGAAUGUAGAAUAAAAUGGUUAAAACAUGUUUAUCACUGUAUAAAGAUGUUUAGCUAUUGAUAUGGGGAAAUUAUUUUUGCUUCCAAUAUGGCUUCAGCUAUACAUAUUUCUGAUACACUAAAACAAAGUACCUAAAGUUUAGCAAAUUGAAUUAUUCAUUCUUUUGGGAAAUGUAAAGAAAAAAAUAGAUUUUUAUUUUAAUAAUAUUUCCUUAUGUUGUUUGUCUUUAUGAGGCGCUUUUGAAGAAAAAAAUCCUUAUUGUGGGAUAAUUUUAUAGUGCCCUCUUAAUGUCCAUCAGUAUUCGGAUAAUUUUGUGUGUGAUGCAUCAGGGUGGGGGUACCAAAAUAUGAUGCUAUUCUGGUCCUUGCAUCAUAAAAUACAUUCAAUGAAAUAAUUUAUUGUAAUUGUAAACAUCUGUGCCAAACCAAGCAUCAAAUAUUUACAAUUGAUAGUAAAUAUUGUAUUUCAACAAAAAAAGAGGAUUUUGGUCAGAAAUUUUGAUGUCUAAAAAACUGCUUAAAUAGUGAUGAUACCAUGGACCUAUUCUGCCAUGGUCAUAUCAGAUCCCAACUCUCUCUCUGGUUAUAGAUGUUCACAAUGAGACUGACGUGUUGGGGCCUUGUGAGGGCACUGUUUAGCAUCCACUCUCAGAUCCAUAUUUAUAAGUAAAAUCAGCUGCAUUCACGAUAGUUACAAAAAGCAAAGUUCAUGACAUGAAGAAAGUAAUGCAUUAAACCCUACCAAAUAUUUAUUGCUUUAAUAGUAUGAAAACUUAACAAAAAGGGGAAAAUCCAUAGUGAAUUCAACAUGUCUUUAGAUAGGGAAGUGUACAUGGGUAUUUUGCUUAUAAAAGUGAACAAAGAAGGGAAAAUAAAUUUUUAUUGUAAAUAAACUGAAAUUAAAUUGAUUCCUUUCAAUAUAAUUUAGGUUUGGAUUUUGUUGAUAAAAUGCUUUGCGCUGUUAUACACAUGCUUUCUUAAUUGAAGAGCAUUUUUAUGCAUACAAUUCUUUCCAAAAAGAACUUUUUUUCUCCUCUAGUCAAUAUAUAUGUAGGUAAAUGUCAAUAAUGUUUGAUAUAGUAUCAGCGAUAUUUCUCUGUAGUAUUCAUAGUGUAAAAAUGCAUUUUUAUUUAUGUGCUUUUAACUACAUUUUCAUGGACAUGGAGAGUUAAGAGCAAUAUGUUCAGAUAGCAUCUAAUUGUUUACUACAAAAAGCUGAAGAAAUUAAGAAUAGGGUAUUUCCUUCAUUCAUUUGGAAUUUCUAUUCAAAAUCACUAUGAAGAAGGGUGUAUUUAGUCUCCUCAUAAAAUGCAUUUGGUAUAGGUGCAAUCCUUGGAUGUUUACAGAAUUGCACUGCUCCAUACAAUAAAGAAACAAGGUAAUUCCCUGGUUGAGUUGAAAAGCAUUACCUGUAAUAGGAUGUAUGCAGAAAGUGUAUCAUGAUUGUAUCUUGCUGGCAACAAUCUGUUAUGGUGUUGAAUAGUAUACCGUACUGGUUCCUUGUUGUUAACACAAUGGUAACACAGUGGUAUGACACAUGUAACACACCAAUCACACUCUGGUGCCCAUUAAAGAAUGUUGUAACAUAAAACCAUUACAAUCACUCUGGUAACACAGUGAUAACACUGGUUCUAUGCCUGGUACCAUACUUGUACUUGGUUGGUAACACAGUGGUAACACUGGUUCUAUACCUGGUACCAUACUUGUACCUGGUUGGUAACACAUUGGUAACACUGGUUCUAUGCCUGGUACCAUACUUGUACCUGGUUGGUAACACAUUGGUAACACUGGUUCUAUGCCUGGUACCAUACUUGUACCUGGUUGGUAACACAGUGGUAACACUGGUUCUGUGCCUGGUACCAUACUUGUACCUGGUUGGUAACACAGUGGUAACACUGGUUCUAUGCCUGGUACCAUAUUUGUACCUGGUUGGCAAAACAGUGAUAACACUGGUUCUAUGCCUGGUACCAUACUUGUACCUGGUUGGCAAAACAGUGAUAACACUGGUUCUAUGCCUGGUACCAUACUUGUACCUGGUAAGUAACGCAGUGGUAACACUGGUUCUAUGCCUGGUACCAUACUUGUACAUGUACCUGGUUGGUAACACAGUAAUAACAUACUGCUAAUGUUAUCAUACUAAUAAUCUGAUAUGGUAAUCUGAUGAUACUAUCGUGAUAUUUGUACCACACUGGUGGACUACAGUUGAAAUUGUAGUCAUUAACCUUUGAAUGAAUGAGCGACUGAAAGUGCCCUUCAUUUUUACCCCAUAAAUUCCUUUAGACCAUCAGUAAAUCUAAAAUUAAAAUUUCUUUUUCAUUUAAUUUGUUCAGUUAUUAAGGAAUGCAAACUAGUUAUAAUUGGACUUUACCUAUGAACUACCUAACAAAACUUUGCAAGGUGAUGACCCUAAUAUCAAUAUAGAAGUUGAGGUUGAAUAAUGAAUACAGAAUACAAGUUUUACAAAGUGCCAAAUCUUGCUUUCUAAUGCGUAAUGUAUUAAAAGUGCAAUACAUUCUUAAUUUAAAUAUAAAUUGAAAAUAAAAUAUUUUCAUGAAAUUUUUCCAUGACAUUCCAAACAAUAUCAUGAAUUAAAUCCCUUGGAAUAUAUUUCAGGCCACAAGAUAAUGUAUUUAGUCAACAAAAUAUAUCAAUGAGGGUUAUGAUAGUUUUCAGGUCCUGGGUAUUUGAAGGCACUGCUGAUCCCCUUUAAGUAUGAAGUUAAUGGGUUUGACAAAACAAUUUCUCACUGUACCCCAACUCUUUAAGUGUCCUAUUAAAGUUCUUUCACUUUGAAUUUUAGCUAAUACCCCAAUAGAAUAAGUCAGUUAACUUGAAUGUAUAUGGUGGAUAAUGAUUGAUAAUGUAGUAAUUUUAGUCUUUUUGAAACCAUGAAUAUCAUUCUACCAUCGUAAUUAUAUAUACCUCUAUUGAAAUAUUUACUUUGUAAAGUAUGCAUUAAACAGGCAGCAUUCUUCAAGUAAGGAUUUGGAAAUUUCUUCAUUGCUGCAGCUCAAAAAUUGGUUUUGAAAUUGAUUUUGUGAUGUUCAUUUUUUUUAAAUAUGCACUUUGUAAAGUUUACUCUAGUAUCCUAUUUGAUAUUCAUAUAUCAUUCAUUAUAUAGCCAUGUCUUAGUUUUUAUUGAAGGGUGUAAUUACAUACCUAGCUUAGCAAAUUAUCUACCAGAAAGAAGAAAGGGGACAUUUUUUGUUGUUGUAUAUGUAGCUAUUUGAAAUCUUAUGGUGAAUAAAUUUUCAGAUGUUAUCCGAAAA